UCCCUGUCAGCUCCAGCUGGGUGCGCCACAGUCAGCCACAGUAACCUGGCGUUCGCAUCUCGGGCAUUGAAGCGCCGUCGGGUUCGGUCCCCCAGCAGCUCUAACUUUUCUGUUGAGCGACAACAAUCUCAUCUCCAACACAACCGUGGCCCCUUGUCGAGCGAGAGCUCUGCUCCUACAUCCCCCUCCUCGCACCUCCGCCCAGCUGGUUGUGCCUAUCUGCCCUACCUGAGUGUUCCGGGAGAGAGAUUUCAGCACACGCAUUGCAUCGGCAUCCCGUCACAAUGCCAGCUACCACGACACUUCUGGCCCGGGCCGGGGGUCAAUUGAGCUUCAGAGGAUCAAUUGCUCUGCGAGGAAGUCUCGGGGCUUCAAGGUGUUCAGAAUUUGCAGCCAGACGGACGCCCGCCUUCGGCGCUCUUGCACGGUACUAUGCCUCGAAAUCUUUCCCUCCUCACACCGUCGUCAGCAUGCCUGCCCUCUCCCCGACCAUGACCGCCGGAAACAUUGGCGCGUGGCAGAAGAAGGUCGGCGACUCGAUAGCGCCGGGAGAUGUGCUCGUCGAGAUCGAGACCGACAAGGCGCAGAUGGACUUUGAGUUCCAGGAGGAGGGUGUCAUUGCCAAGAUCCUGAAAGAGUCCGGCGAGAAGGACGUUGCGGUUGGCAGCCCAAUUGCCGUCUUGGUCGAGGAGGGCGAGGACGUCUCCGCUUUCGAGUCUUUCUCUGUUGAAGAUGCGGGCGGUGAUAAAGCCCCCGCAGGGGAGUCGAAGCAGGGCGAGGCUUCUGAAGCCAGCGAACCCCCAAAGUCCGGAUCCGGCACCGCUCCUCCCGCGAAGGAGGAAGAGCCAGCUCCACAGGCCGUCGAGUCCGAGUCCAGCGGCAAGCGGUUAGAGACCGCCCUCGACCGCCAGCCCGCCGUCUCCCCCUCCAUCAAGAAGCUUGCGCUCGAGAAAGGGGUCCCGCUCUCAUCGAUCAAGGGAUCCGGCAAGGGAGGAAAGAUUACCAAGGAGGAUAUCGAGAAGUACAAGCCUGCUGGCGGAGCUCCAGCAGCAGCAGGCGCCACUACCGGUGCACCCACAUACGAAGACACCCCUGCGACCAGCAUGCGGAAGGUAAUUGCCAACCGUCUUACUGAGAGCUUCCAGCAGAACCCCCACUACUUUGUCGCCUCCAACAUCUCCGUUACCAAGCUCCUCAAGCUCCGCGAAGCGCUCAAUGCAUCUGCGGAUGGCAAGUAUAGGCUCUCCGUCAACGACUUCCUUGUCAAGGCUGUCGCCGUCGCCGCUCGCAAGGUUCCCGCCGCGAACUCGUCAUGGCGCGAGGACGGAGGCCAGGUUAUGAUCCGUCAGCACAACGUUGUCGAUGUCUCGGUCGCCGUCGCUACCCCUGUGGGUCUCAUGACUCCGAUCGUCAAGAAUGUCAACGCCCUCGGUCUGCAAUCUGUCUCGUCACAAGUUAAGGAUCUCGGUAAGCGCGCGCGCGACGGAAAGCUGAAGCCGGAGGAGUACCAGGGUGGAACCAUUACCAUCUCCAACAUGGGCAUGAACGCGGCCGUUGAGCGAUUUACCGCCGUCAUCAACCCACCUCAGGCUACCAUUGUCGCGAUCGGCACAACACAAAAGGUCGCAGUACCGGGUGAGCCCCUAGAGGAUGGCACUCCCAGUGUCGAGUGGGACGACCAGAUCGUCAUCACGGGCAGCUUCGAUCACAAGGUUGUGGAUGGUGUGGUGGGCGGCGAGUUCAUGAAGGAGCUCAAGAAGGUCAUCGAGAACCCCUUGGAACUUCUGCUAUAGGGUGUUUGAUAAUGUUUUGCUUGCCCGGUAUUCGGAUCUUUAUGCGCUGUACAAGCUUUCUUAUUGUGUGAGUUAGAGCGAGGGAGUGCGCAGGUUCCUGGGAAAGAAAUCUUUGUACAAUUGAAUGGCAGCUUUCUUUCCUUCUCCUUGAUUCUUAUCCGGCUUUUGUCGAUCUGCAUAGCACUUUUGUACUUACUAAAAGUAGUAGGGCCUGUAAUGCAAUUGGAGUGGUAGAUCG